GGGGCGGGCCCAGGUGAGCCGGGCCGCCGCCCCCUGCGCCCUCCCCCGGGCCCCCGGAGCGGGACGCCUGGGUGGGCCCCUUCCCAGCGCUGGCUCGGCUGCCCGCUGGACCAAGGCCGACGGUGUCUGGGGCCCAGGCAGAGUCCGGGUCUGGCCCCGGCUCCAUCUUGCGCCGCUACGCCGGGCACCUGUGGCGGUCGCAGGAGCAGCGCUUCCGCCGGCCUGCGGGGCCCCGGGCGGGCGAGAGGGUGAGAGGUAGCCAUGAGCUCCGACCACCCUGAGCCUGGAUCCCAGGCACCCCGGAGUCCCCGCAUACAGUCACUGUCCCAGAGCUCUUCCAGCCUGCUAAGUGAAGGCCGGGGUAAGAGACCAGAGCUCCGCAAGAGUGCUAGCAGUACUGUGUGGCGGGCCCAGCCUGGCAAGGCAAGCACUAGUCCCAAGACCCUGGAGGAACAGAGGUGCCAGACUGAGAGCACAGAGCAGGCACAGACCUCAAGCCCCCAUCUCCAGUCUGGUGCUGUGGGGCACUGGAGGAGCAGCACUGUGGGUAAUGUGUCCACAAUGGACAGUGGUGACCUGUGUCGCCUGCGCACCCCCAGCAUGGCUGCUGUACAGAGGAGCCAUUCUGAUCUGGUCCGUAGCACCCAGACUCGGGGUCACAGCAGUGCUCGGAAGGCCAGUCUCAGCUGCUCAGCCCUCGGUGGCUCACCUGUCCACAGGGCUCAGCUGCAGCCUGGCAGUAUUUCUGGUCAGGUUGGCCAGCCACCUACAGGCCUGGAAAGAGAACUGACUCCAGAGGAUGGAACUUCCAACUCAGCCUGUAUGCUGGAGGAGAAUCAGGUGUGGGUACCACCGCCAGCCUUGGGGGACACAACUACCCACAGCAGUGGUCCCCAGGCUGGGCCCAAAGCCACAGGGCAGCCAACCACCACCUCCUGCCAUGCUCUGCCCCCGACAGCUCUACUCUGCAGCAUGAGGGAGGCAGUGGCCAGUGACUGCUGCCAUGCCCUGCCUGCCACAGGUAUCCUGGCCUUUCCCAAACUUGUGGCAUCAGUGAGUGAGUCUGGGCUGCAGACUCAGCAUGGCCUGAAGUUCCACUGUAAGUUGCCUGGGGGGAUUCACAGGCACUCCCACUGCUGUGCCCACCUUUGGGGUCCCACAGGAUUACCCACGGAGCCUGGCUCUAGGACCAAAGAUGUAUGCACAAUGACCUCAGCCAGUGACUUGGCCCCCGUGUUGGUGGCAGCCCAGGAUGCUGGUGUGCAGGCAGCCCCAGUGGCAGCCUGCAAGGCUGUCGCUACCAGCCCAUCACUGGAAGCCCCUGUGGCUCUGCACAUGUUCCCAGAGGUAGCUCUGGGGGCCAGCCUGGAAGAGACGGUGUCCCCUGUGCGGGAUGUGCGGUGGGAUGCUGAAGGUAUGACGUGGGAGGUGUACGGAGCCUCAUUGGACCCUGAGGUGCUUGGUGUGGCCAUCCAGAAGCACUUGGAGAUGCAGUUUGAACAGCUGCACCCAGCACCAGCCAGUGAUGACAGCUUGUCCAUCGAGGGUCGGAGGGGCCCGCUGAGGGCUGUCAUGCAGUCCCUACGGCGCCCCAGCUGCUGUGGCUGCUCUGGUGCAGCCCCUGAGUGAGGAACUGCAUCUCUCAGGCUGGCCUGGCUCGAGGACUCAGCCCUAAGCCAGGGCCAGGGAUAUUGUGGGCCCUGUGUCCCCUGAACCCACUGAAGGUGGGCACAUCUUUCAUCUGAUAAAAAUUGACUACCUACAGAUCACAGGACACAGCCCGGGGCUUCUAGUUCCGUGUAGCUGAGCUCUUUUUUAAGGGCUUGAGCCCCAAAAGCCACAAGUCUGCACAUUCCAGGCUUUGAAUUUUGGGGCAGAGUUUCUGCACUGUGUAUAAACUAGCUCCUGAUUUUUGUGUAAAAAUAUUCAACCUCUGUUCAGUCUGCCCUCAGAACUUCUGCCAUGUUUCCCUUAGAACUGUUGCUUUAUUUUUUACAAGUACAAGGCCCUGGGUUCAAUCCCCAGCACCGCAAAAAAAAAAAAAAAAAAAAAAAAAAAAAAAAAGAACUGUUGCUUUAUUUUAAAGCAUUGCUGAGAAAUAAUGAUUUCUUACAUUAAUUGUUGGGCAUGGGGGUUGUACCAAGUGACAGGGACUGCCUGGGUCUCUAGAAAGGGGAACGUUAGGGAGGGGAAGCAAAGGCCUCCUGUGUGCCAUUUACUGUACUUGACAUUUUACCUUGUUGAGUCUUCACCUCUUUACCCCAUUCUACAGAGGAAACAAGAUGUUUGGCAAGGCUCUGGUUGAUGUGCCCCAUGUUGGACAGCUUGAAGUGGUGGGCUAGGAUUCAAAGCUAGGACUGACUGAGCCUGGGUGUUUCCCUACAGCCUGGUCCAGUUCAGUGCAAUUGGAUACAGGAAGAAUUUAUUGAGCCCACAUUCUGUGUCAGUUCUGUGGAUUUUUGUGAGGAAUGAGAGGCUUCCCUUGCCAUAGCUGAACUCAUGAUGUGUGGGUGCUCUGAGCAUUACAGAAGGGUUACCAGGCUUUGAUGGGGCUUUCAAGAGCUGGCCCCCUUGCAGGUCAUUAUGUCAGGGGCUGGCCUCACGAUAUGCAGAAGAAGAGGUGGCCACUUGCCCUUUAAUAUGUUGUAGAGCCUGAAAUUGCACUAUUAUUAUCUCAUUCCUUUGGCUUAGAUUUAUUCCCAGUUGGUGCAGUUCUUCAAGGAUGGAGGGCAGGAAUGGAUGGGGGAAGGGAGGGAGCCUGGCUGUGGACUCUGGGCUGAGGACUCCCACCUGGUAAGAAAAGACUAGAGCUAUGAGGUGGUGGGGCUUUGGGACACCUGUCAGCCAAUUCGUCUAGUCUUGCCCAUGUGACCUGACUUGGGCCAGGAGAUUGGGUCUGAGGAGGGAACACUAGGGUCUUACACUGCUGUCUUCAUUAACCCAAGGACUUCUCAAGACCUGUGGAGAAUGGAAUGGGUUUGUGUCUGUCCUGGCGCUUGGUGUAUAAGAUCCCAAGCUCCUAGAAUAGAACUAUGAGGCCUCCCUUAUGUGGGAACCAAAAGGUUAGGGUGGUGUCAGGGUCCCUGACCUGGUCCUGUUCCUGAGCUUCUUAUGUACUUAGGAACACAGGACUCAGAAGCCGGUUUACCUUUCCCCUCCUUAAGGACCCAGUACUCACUGCGGUGGGAAUAACUCCUGCAGUGGUGGCUCAAGGUUUUAAGCAGGGGAGACAGUUUAACAGGCCACAGGAACAGGUGAGGAAGGUAUGUGUUAGGUAGGAAUGCCUUCUGAAGCCUCAGAAAGGGGCAUUCAUAACUGGAAACGUGCCUUUCCCAUACCAGCAUGUACCUUCUCAGGGUCCUGGGCUUGUGUGUCCUCUGUCUAUGGUGCAGGGCAGGUACCUCACGUUCUGAGGUGUGGCUUAUGGGUACCAUGCCUCCUUUGUUCCUGGCCCUGCACAGCGGGUUCUAGUACCCCCAGCUCAGGGGAGAGGGGAACUGGCUGUAAGGACUCGAAGGAGCAGCACAGGGCCACAGCUGAGUCACAUGGUCUUUUGACACAAAGGGGCUGGGAAGGUGGAUGGAGUAGGGACAGCUAGAGGCUUGGAAGUAACUGUCUUGCCUGUCCUUGGUGAAUUACCCUUAUAGAGGCUUAACUGGGGUGUUCAUUGGGUUGGGAGGCUGGCUAGGGGGUCUCCAUUGUGAAGAUCUUGGUAUGACUGAGGAAAGGGACUUCACGGCAAUGAAGAACAGGUGGCUACCCGCCCCCUGAUGUGUUACAGUACCUGAAAUUGUACCAUUAUCA